AUGUAUGUGUUUUCAUUCUCGAAAUCGAAUCGAUUAGAUCGAGGGGAGAGUCUGUUUUGUUUAUCCUAUAAUUUAUUGGAAAAGCAAUGCCUGGCAAUCAAUCCAGCUGAUCAUGAUGGUGUACCAUCCGAUUAUUCGAUUGAAGUGAACAGUAGAAAUACAAUCUAUUCGAAUGAAUUCAUCGAAAGUAAAUAUAUCUAUGACAUGAAUCACUGUGAAGUUGAUCAUCAGAAGAAACGAGUCAAUAUCACACCACGAAAAUAUCAAUACGAUUUCCGUACAAAACGACAAGUACAACGUACAGGUGUUAUGCUUGUUGGAUGGGGUGGAAACAAUGGUUCUACUGUCACAGGUGCUAUCAUCGCAAAUCGAGAUAAAAUCACUUGGAUGCGUAAAGAGGGUGAACAACAUGCCAAUUACUAUGGCUCAUUAACUCAAUCAACUACUAUUCGACUUGGAAGUAACAAAGAUGGAAAAGAAGUUCACAUUCCAUUCAAUACUAUCCUACCUAUGUUACAUCCCAAUGAUAUCGUCAUUGGCGGUUGGGAUAUUAAUGAUGCCAACUUAUACGAUGCUAUGCGACGGGCAUGCGUUUUUGAUUAUGAAUUGCAAGAAAAACUAAAAGCGAAAAUGAUUAAGAUGAAACCAUUACCAUCGAUUUAUUAUCCUGAUUUCAUCGCUGCUAACCAAGAGGAUCGGGCAAAUAAUUUGUUACCCAAAGGAACGAAACAACAAGAUUUAGAUCGUAUCCGAAAUGAUAUUCGAACAUUCAAAAAUGCACAUGAUUUAGAACAAGUGAUUGUUUUAUGGACCGCAAAUACUGAACGUUACGUCGAUGUUCGAGCAGGUCUCAAUCAAACAGCUGAUGAUAUUCUUCGAUCCAUCGCUAACAAUGAUGACGAAGUUAGUCCUUCGAAUGUGUUCGCUUGUGCAGCUAUUCUUGAAAAAUGUCCAUAUAUUAAUGGAAGUCCACAGAAUACGCUAGUACCAGGAAUAAUUGAAUUAGCUGAAAAAUAUCAUGUUUUCAUUGGCGGUGAUGACUUCAAGAGUGGACAGACAAAAUUGAAAUCUGUUCUUGCUGAUUUUCUCGUCUCAGCUGGUUUGAAAUUACAAUCCAUUGUCUCAUACAACCAUCUAGGAAACAAUGAUGGUAAAAAUUUAAGUGCACCACAACAAUUUCGUUCAAAAGAAAUCAGCAAAUCCAAUGUCGUAGACGAUAUGGUCGGAGCCAAUCAUUUACUUUACGAUAAGAGAACGAAUGAACAUCCUGAUCAUGUUGUCGUCAUCAAAUACGUUCCAUUUGUUAAAGAUUCUAAACGUGCUAUGGAUGAAUAUAUCUCAUCGAUAUUCAUGAACGGUCUUAGUACAAUCGCUAUUCAUAAUACAUGCGAAGAUUCUUUGUUAGCAUCACCAUUAAUUAUCGAUCUUGUUAUUCUAACGGAAUUAAUGACACGUAUUACAUACAAAACAAAUGAUCAAGAGGAAUAUCACUCUUUCGAAGCUGUUUUAUCAAUCUUAUCUUAUCUUCUUAAAGCUCCAAUGGUUCCACCGGGUACACCAGUUAUUAAUGCACUUUUUAAACAACAUCGUUGCAUAACGAACAUUCUCUCAGCAUGUGCUGGUAUUGCUAUGGAUACGGAUAUGUUGUUGGAACAUAAAACACAAUUGCCAAAACCAAUGAAAAUUCAACUAUAA